AUGCCAAAGGACGAGUCGCUGCCGACCCGCAAAAAGAUGCGGAAAGGCACCCAUAGCUGUUUUGAAUGUCGCCGUCGCAAGAUCAGGUGCAUCUUCUCCCCUGACAACUCCGAAGUCUGCACAGAGUGCUUUGCGCGAGGAAGCAGAUGUAUCGAUCAAGAACAUGCCAACCCGGAGGUGGUUGUCGACCAUAGGAAGAAUCUCCCGGGAACGAGUAUCGCGACUUGA